AUGAGUGAUGAUGAGUUUUUUCGAGAUAAAUCUAGUAAUUCAUUACAAUACAUUAAAUGUAAAACUAGUACAAAAAUAGAUGAUAUAUUAAAAAGAAGAAAAGAUAAAAAAAUAAAAGAACACGAUGAAUUAAAAGGUAGUAUAAAUGAAGGAUCCUUUGUUGGAAUUGAAAAAAUAAAAAGUGAAGAAAAUGGUGAAUAUGAAGAAAAAUAUAAUGACAAAAAUAAAGGUAUAUAUAAAUUUAAUAGUAAUAGCACUAACAAAAAAAGUACCAAUGAUAGUAGUUAUGACAAUUAUUUAAUGGAUGACUAUAUAAAUGACGAUAAAAAUAUAAAUUCAUUUAGUAGUUUCUGUAUGAAUAGCAAACUUGAUUAUUCAAAUAUUCUCAAUAGGAAAUCACCAGAAAAAAAAAAAAAAAACAAUAAUAAUGAUGAUGAAGAUAGCGAUACUAGUGAUGAAUAUGACUUAUAUGGAUUUAAAAAUAUUCGAAGAUACUCUAAAGAGUGCUCUUUUAAUGCAAAUAAUAAAAUAGUAGGGAAUAUACUAAAUACUAGAGAAAAAAAACCCUCUUUAGACAAAUACGACACGAUAGACAAAUAUAGCAUUAUAGACAAACCUAGCAAUAUUGACAAACACAACACUAUAGACAAAUACAACACCGUAGACAACAUUGUGGACAUAGCAACAAAUAAUAGUAUAUCUGGUGAUAUUUUAAAACGAGGUAUAAAAUCAUGCGCUAAUAUUUCUGCAUUUAAAUCUAUGGGUAAUCAAGUUGAGGCAAAUGCAACAUCGUUAGAAAAUGAUAAAUAUAAUAAUAUGGAUUAUAAAAAUAGUGAUUACGUGAAAACAAAUACUAAAGAUUCUGAAAUAAAUCAGAGAGAUGAAAAAAACAUUUAUAAAAGCCCUAGCACAGAUGCUAUUUUAUCUCGAAUUAAAAGUGAUGACAAUGAUAAUUUAUGUGAUAAUAAAGAUGAUAUAUACGCAAAUAUGACGGAUUUAAAUAAAAUGUAUAUGCAAGAUGGAGAUAUGAAGAAAUUGUAUACACCAGAUGGAAAUAUAAACAGAACCCCUACGAAAACAUUUUCAAAAAGUUAUUUUGAAUAUUUAAAAUUUGAGACAGCUGGUAAAAUGAACAUAAGUGAGUUAGAAACUCCAUUAAAUUUAAAAGAUGAGAAAGAGGAUUAUAGUGGAAAUACCCCAUUCAUAGCUUAUUAUCUAGCAGGAAAAACAGAAAAUAAAAGUUUAAAUGGUGAAGAGGGCAAUUUAGAAAAUAAGACAUAUAGUUUUAAUAAGGAGAAUGAUAAGGAUUAUUCGAAGGAAAAGGUUUAUGAAUCUUUCAAAUUUGAUAUUAACACAAAAGAGAAAGGUGAUGAAUCCGAGCAUGAAGAAACAGGAGGCACAGAAAUUCAAGAAAAUGUAUUUAAUGUUAUAAAGGAUCACAGUUUUUCAAAAAAGCGAUCUCAUUCAUAUAGUAAUAAUGAUAUAACAAAUGUUAAUCAAAUGAAUAUAAAUGAUAAUAAAGAUGAGGUGGAUAUUUUCAAAAGAGUAAGUGUUACGUCCAAAAAAUAUAAUUUUAUAAAAACUGAGGAAGAGUAUAAUGAUAUGUUAAAAGACCGUGAUUUUAAAUUGAGCAGUAAUAAAAGUGGAUCGAGGAAAAGUACGAAUAAUGCAAAUGGUAUAGAUAUUUUAGAAAAAGUUAAUACUGAAAAGAAUAUGAAUAAUAAUGAUAUAAGUUUUACAGAUAAAAUAUUUUCAUGCAAUAAUUUUAAUAUAAUGAAUACAACUACAUUUAAAGAUAACCUUUUUAAAGAACCGGAAUAUAGCAAAUUAGAUCAUAAUGAAAUAAAUUUUGAAAAAUAUAAUGGUGAUAUGUUAUAUUAUAAUAUAAAUGAUAAAAAUGGUAUAAACGAAAAUGAAAAUAAUGCAUUAAAUAAAAAUAUAUCAUUUUUCAAUACAAAUGAGGAUAAUUAUGAUCAAAUAGAUAGAAUAGACACAAUACCACUAAAUAAAAGACUUUCUAUGUAUGGGAAGAGUUAUGAUGAUAUAAUCAAUGAAGGGAAUAUAAAUAAUAAUAAUUAUAAUAACGAUAUUUAUAAUAAUCCCAAUAAUUUUGGUAGUAUGAAAUUUAUUCCGAAUACUUCUGCAAUGAUAAACCAAUGGCAAUUUAAGGAUGGGGAUAUAAAUAACAUUCCUAUUAAUCGAAGUAAAAGUUACACUAAUAUAAUUGGAAGUAACGCAAAUGGUGAUAUAUAUAAAAAUAUAAAUAAUAUAAAUUAUAAUAAUAAAUUUAUGUCAAUUAAUGAUUUUAAAAGUGGUUAUCAAAUUGUUGAUACAGAAAGGGAAAUUGAAAAUUUUAGAAAUUCAUCAUAUGAAAGUAAAAUAAGAAAUAUUGAAAAAUACGUUAAUGAUAAUAAAAAUAAUUCAUUUAGAAGAUCGAAUUAUACAAAUAAGUAUAUAACAAUGCAUGAUAAUAAUACAUUUGUAGGAAAUACAAUAAAUAAAAUGAAUACUAGCAAUUUCCAUAUAGACAAUCUAAACCCUCUUCUAAUAAACAAUGUGAAUAACCACAAUAUGGAAAAUAAUGGCAAAGGGGAAAAUUACGAAAAGAAUGCUUCAGACCAAUUUUUCAAACAAAAUGAUAUUACAAAUUAUUCCUCCAUAAAUGGUGUGGAGAAUAAUUCAAAAAUGAUGAAUAAUAUGGAAAAGAAUAACACAUUCAAUAAAUCUAUUAUUUCAGAAAAUGAUGGUUUUAUUCCUUUAAAUAAAUAUAUUGCAAAUAGAUUAAUUGAAACUGCCGAUUUUGGUUAUAAGGAAAGUCCUUAUACGGAAGAAUCAAAAAGUGAUGAUCAUAGCAAAAAUUUUGAUAUUCAUAGCUCGGGAAAUAAUGAUAUUAAUAAUAAUAACGAAAAUACUAGUGGAUAUAAUCAUGAUAUUACAAAAAAAUAUUGGAUUGAUUUUAUGAAAAAAAGCUUUGAUAAUAUUAAUGUAAAUGAAAUAAAAAAUAAAAUUUUAAACGAUUAUGCUAAGGUGAAUAAUGGUAGUAGUGAAAAUAAAGCAAACAUGGAGAUAGGGAAAAAAGAUGCAUUUUGUAAAGACACAAAUGAAGAGUCAUUAGCUAAAUAUAUACAAGAACAAAUUAAGGGUAGCAUAAAUGAAGUAAUUGAAAAAAUAUUAAAUCAUAAAGAAAUAAAUUUUGAAAUAAAUGGCGAAAAAAACAAUAUAUUAAAAAAGCAAACGGAGCAUUUCAAUGGUGAUAUGCUAUCAACUCAGGGUAAUAAUUAUUUGGCAAUUGAUGAUGUUAAGAAUGAAGAAGGGCAUUAUCGAAGUGAUUCUAAGGUUAAUAAUGGUGAUAAUAAGAAUAUUAGCGUAUCUAUUAGUAAUAAUAAUAUCGAUAAUGCACUAUUAAAGUAUGAGUUUAAAAAAGAAGGAACCAACGACGAAAUUGGAAAACAAGAAACUCAAACAGAGUCAAGUGAAGGAAAAAUGGAUGAUACAAAAUUGAAAAGUAGAGAAAUAAAUAAUGAAAUGAUAAUUUUAGAUAAAGAAGAUAUUGAAGAGUUGUACAAACUAAAUAAGCAUUUAAAAAUGAGCAAUGCUAAAAAAAUAAUUGAGAUAAAAAAAGAUGAUUGUAAUAAAAAAAAACAAAUAAAGUGGAAAGAUGUAUUAUCUAAUUGUAUAAGUGCAAUUUAUUAUUUAAUUAAUGAUAAUAAUAAAAAAACAAAUAAAAUGAAUAGUUUAUUAGGUGAUAUAAAUAAUAUUAGCGAAUUUAAAAAUAAAAUUGAUAAUUUAAAUAAAGAAAAUCAAAAAUUAAAACUUGAAAUAGUGCAAAAAAAUGAUGAAAUUAAAAAACAUAAUUAUAAGGAACGAAUAAAUUUGAACAAUAAAAUAAGUGAGUUGUCUAAAAAAAAUAUAAAUUAUGAAAAAGAAAUUAAUAUAUAUAAAAAUAAAGUCAAUGCAUUAAACAAUAAAAUAAUAAAUAAAGACAACGAAAUUGAUCAAUUAAAAAAGCAAUACCAAAUAAUUUUAGAUGAAAUAGAGAAUUGUAAAAAGGAUGCUAAAGCUAUUAUCAAACAAGUGUUAAAUAAAAAACAUACAAAUUUUAUAGACAAACAAUGUUUAGAUAUUUCAAAAUAUUAUAAUAUCCAAAUUAAUGGAUUAAAGAAGGAAAUUAAAAAUUUAAAAGACCUUAUUAAAAAUGAAGCAAAGGAAAAACUAUUGUUAAAUAAAAAAUUAAAUGAAUUGAUACAGUCAAAUAAAGAUAUUGAAAGUAAUACUGACAAAAAUGAUCUCACUGAAACAACAAUAUUUGAAGAAGAUGAUAAUGAUAAUAAAUAUGAUGAAAAAAAAAGUAGUGAUGAUAAUCCAGAAAAAGAGCAUACUAAAUUAACGAAAAUUAAGAAAGGAGAAGAUAAGUAUAAAAUUAUGUAUUUUAAUUUGGUUGAAGAAAUGGAGGAAAUUAAAAAAAAUAUUGAGGAUCAAAAAAUAGCAAAGGUGGAACAAAGUCAGGUAAAUACAUCUGAAAAAAUUUUAGAUGUAUAUAAAAAUAUUAUUAAAGAAAAUCCGGAUUUAGAUAAAAAAAUCUAUAAUGGAGAAAAAGUAUCUGAAAAAAAUAAUAAUAAUAUUUGUAAUAAUUGUUCUAUGAAUAUAACCAAUUUUAGUAAUGAUGAUCGGUUGAAUAAUUACGAUUACAACAGUAACAAUAAUGAUGAUAAUAAUUCUAUUGAUAGCUCAAAUAUGGCAAUUGAAUAUUCUAAGAAAAGUAUAAUACAAACAGAUAAGUACAAACAAGACAUAAAAUCGAUAUCGUCUAUGCAAAGAUUGGGGCUUUCUAAAGAGAAUUUCGAAAUAUCAAAGAGUGUCAUUGAAAAUACUUGUAAAAAGAAAGAUGGUGAAAAAAAAAAUGAUAACUCUAGUAUAAUUGUAUCAUCAUAUAAUGAAUACAAAAAUAACAAAUAUCCAAUGGAAGGAAAUUAUUCUGGUCAAAACAACAUGUAUGAGAAUCCAUACCUAAACAGCUUUGUAAAAAUGUUUAUAGAAAAUGCUUCUCAUCUUGGUGUAUCAUUGGAUAAUUUUAAAAAUUUUCUUGACAAGCCCGAAAAUGCAUACUCAGAUAAAAAGUGUAAAAAUUCAUUUGAUGAGAGCAAUAAAAUAUUAUAUAAUAAUUUAAUGAAUUAUGAAAAAGUUGAACUGAUUAAUAUGUUUGUAAAUAUUUGUAAUGAUUUAAAAACAGAUAAUAUAUUUAUUAUAGUACAAUUUGUAAAAUUUUUAUCUUUUAUUGUAUACGAGCAAUUACCUUUGUUUACGUCUUUUUACUGUAACGUUGCAUCUGUAACAUCUACAGAUUCACCAAACUCAGUAAUAUCUUUAGGCUCUAUUAUUUCAUUAAAUUCGCUCAAAUUUGAAGAAUGUGUUAAUGUUAUAAAGAAGUGGAAAGACCAUUAUAUAAAUGCAAAAAAAUAUUAUCAAUUCAGAAAAAAUGUUCUAUUAAUUUUUCAAUCUGAAUUAAAAGAUCUUCGAAAAAACCAAGUCGACUUUCAAUGUGUGGAAAUUAUAAAAAAUAUGUACCAAAAGAAUAUGGAGAUAUCUAAGUUUUCAAAUGACCCCUUUGAAAAAGCAGAAUCAAUAAUAAAUAAACAAUCAAAGGAAAUUAUAAGUAAAAUUAUCAAAGCAUAUAUGAACCUUUAUAAAAUCGACAAGAUAAAUCAAAUUAUACCGCAUAUGAAUACUAUGAAUUCAAAGAUUAAAACACAAUCGUAUUUUAUAAAGUCCAUAUCCACAUGUUUAAAUUUAAAUAAGUCGGACAGUUUUCAAGAGAUUGGAAAUCAGAUAAAGGAAUUAACAACCAUUCGUGUGAUCAACGAAAAAAUAAAAAACAGAAUAAACAUGGAUCAAAUUGAUGAAUAUAUUGCCGCCUAUACAAUUAUGGGAACCCUAAAAAAAUACCUAAACAUCACACAUACAAAGGACCUAUUACCAUCUAUAUCUAAAAUUAUCCAAAAAAAUAAAUCAACCUUAUAA